GUGCGUUAGUGUCCACUGUGUUGUCCUGCUGUAACGCAAACAUGAUGAAUUGCGUCGAUGUCCCAGAUGUUGUGAUUCUGCUUGUUAAAAUGGCAUCAGUCACAUGUGGUGGUUUGACUUCUUUCUCUGAGCUCACUGAUAAGCAAAAUCCACAGUAAGUUCUUGUAUCACCACGAGUGAAUUAUGAGGAGUUGAGCAGUAAAUGUUCCAUUCAAAUAUUCAUGUGUACGAAAAGGUUUGAUAAAUACUGGAUAUCCCACACACACCUUCCACGUAUUUGCUCAUCUCAUAGGAGCAUCUAUUCACUGCUAGUUUAGGCUUUCUGCUGUUAACUGCAUGUACUAAACAUUUUAAAUUAGGACUCGGAUGUAUCUGAAUCCUCAUCAGUGGAGACAUUGUGUAGUACAAUACACUAAGUGAACCAGUCAAUGGGACGAAAUGCAGCACUGGUUUGAUUUAAGUACAAACAGAGCCCCAUAUAUAAUGACUACUUAUUUUAUGUUAUAGUUGGUGAAGAUAACAUUUGCUAAAUUUUUACUCGGACGUCCACUUGUGUGAAGUAACUCUUUGUAAUCGUCUCAGUUGACCACUAGGUGGCAGUGCAGUCGUUUAGUCCGCAGAUAAACUAAUUGAAGCACAAUGAAACGGUCUAGGUUUAAAUUAUAUUACAACACAACGGACACGUGACUGCCUAAAAGUAUUGCCACAAAAACAGGCUGGCAUAUAUAUUUUAAAACCUCGGGCGUUUUUGCGCGCUCCCGUACGCUAUCUCCUCGUGUCCUGACUUGGUGCGCGUUCCCGCGGGUGGUGACUUGUGCGAGAGUCUUGAGCAGCGGUCGGUCGGAUAGGAGCUCGGGGGUCCACGCGGAGACAUCGGCGAAGGAUGUCUUCGGCUCGGGUGGAUUACAUUGCGCCCUGGUGGACUUACUGGCUUCACAAUUUCCCUCAUAUCAACCUGAGGUUGCAGCCCAUUGACAACAGCUUCCAGCCCGAAGAGGAGAACUACCUGCAGUCUCUCUUAUUCCUGGGCUGCGUGGCGGCCGCGGGGCUCGGCCUCAACCUGCUGUGUCUGGCCGUCUACCUGAGCUGCUUGUGCUGCUGCCACAAGGAGGAAGAGGAGGAGAGCAAGAGGACCAACUCCUGCUGCGUCACCUGGUCCGCCGUCGCUGCCGGCCUCAUCACGUGCAUCGCGGUGGGUGUGGGUUUCUACGGCAACAGUGAGACCAAUGACGGCGUGUACCAGUUGACGUACUCCCUGUACAACGCCAAUCACACGCUGGACGGCGUGGACAGCCUGGUGUCUGGAACCAUGGGCAGCAUGAAGAGCGGCGUGCACCAGCACCUCGCCAGGCUGGACGAGAUCUUCGCCACGCGGGGCGACUAUGUGCAGACCCUGCAGUUCAUGCAGCAGAUGGCUGACGACGUGAUCAAACAGCUGCUGCGCCUGCCCGACUGGGAGGAGGUGAAGGUGGACCUGGCAUCCAUCGCUGAUCAAACGGCGAACAUGGAGUACUACAGGUGGCUCACCUACCUGCUGCUGCUCAUCCUGGACCUGAUCAUCUGCCUGCUGGCCUGUCUGGGGCUGGCCAAGCAGUCCCGCUGGCUGCUCACUACGAUGAUGGUGUUUGGAGUGCUGACGCUGGUCCUGAGCUGGACCUCUCUGGGAGCCGCCCUGGCCACUGCUGUGGGCACGAGUGACUUCUGCGUGUCUCCUGACAAGUUCCUCCUGAGCCAGACGAAGGGCGUCAUCGGCUCGGAUAUUGUUCACUACUACCUUUACUGCAACCAGACCGUCUCCAACCCCUUCCAGCAGCCUCUGACCAUCUUCCGGAGGACUCUGACCACCAUGCAGAUCCAGAUCCAGGGUCUGCUGCAGUUCGCUGUGCCUCUGUUCCCCACAGCUGAGAGAGACCUCGUGGGCAUCCAGCAUUUGCUCAACUCCUCGGAGGCCAGUCUGCACCAGCUCACCGCCCUGUUGGACUGCAGGGGGCUCAACAAGGACUACCUGGACGCAAUGGUGGGGGUGUGCUAUGACGGGGUGGAGGGUGUACUCUACCUCUGCCUCUUCUCCACCCUGGCAGCCUGUGCCUUCACUGUCAUGCUGUGUGCCAUUCCCAGGGCGUGGAGACAAAUCGCCUGCAGGGAACGAGAUUACGACGACAUCGACGAGGAGGAUCCAUUCAACCCGCGGGUGCGGAGGAUGGCCUCUCAGAACCCCAACAUGCACAGCUUCUACAGCAGCAGCAUGGGCAGCCAGAACAGCCUCCACCCGCCCGCCCCCGCCGUCUGCCCCGUGUCCGAGUACAUGAACCAGGCGGCUCUGUUCGGGGGGAAUCCGCGGCACGAGAACGUCCCGCUGAUAGGACGAGGCUCUCCACCCCCCUCGUACUCACCCAGCAUGCGCGCGACCUAUCUGUCCAUGACGGAGGAGCAGAUUAGACACUUUGGGAACGACUUCCAAGCAUAGACUUCUUUAUCUGAACAUGAAGAUGGAAACGGCAUCCCGCACAGGCGCUCUGCAGACAAACUCCCAGCACCGAGGCCACUCGCACCAUCACCAAGGCCAUUCCUAGCAUCACGGAGGCCACUCCCAGCAUCACAGAGGCCACUCCCAGCAUCACAGAGGCCACUCCCAGCAUCACAGAGGCCACUCCCAGCAUCACAGAGGCCACUCCCAGCAUCAGAGGCCACUCCCAACAUCACGGAGGCCACUCCCAGCAUCACAGAGGCCACUCCCAGUAUCACUGAGGCCACUCCCAGCAUUGCGCAGGGCACUCCCAACAUCACUCAGGCCACUCCCAGCAUCAAGGAGGCCACACCCAGCAUCACGCAGGCCACUCCCAGCAUCAAGGAGGCCAUUCCCAACAUCACGCAGGCCUCUCCCAGCAUCAUGACGGCGACUCCCAACAUCAAGGAGUCCACUCCCAACAUCACGGAGGCCACUCCCAGUAUCAGGGAGGCCACUCCCAGCAUCAGGGAGGCCACUCCCAGUAUCAGGGAGGUCACUCCCAGCAUCAGGGAGGCCACUCCCAGCUUACCGAGGGCAGCACAUCUCAUCAGUCCAGGACCCCAAAGCGUGUGCAGUGUCAGGACAGGGAAAGCAUAUCGGAGCUGUUCUCUGUGCUCAUAAAUGAUUCAUCGCUCUUGCGUGCCCAAAAUAAUUUGGGGGGGGGGGGGUUUUGAGGGAGGGUUUUACUUUGUCUUUAUGUACCUGAGGAUUCAUUUCUCACUGCAGUAAAACAUAGAAAAGUGUUCACUCUAAAGUGAGAACAAACCUGACGAUUAAAAAACUAUUCAUCCCUUCCUUUUUUUCCAUUCAGGUCUCCAAAGAGAAAAAUGUGAACAUGACAGUUGAUGUUAACAAAUUAUUUCCUGUGUUUACGCUUCAUCCUUGAUAUUUGUGAAGCACAAACUAGCACUGGCAACACACAGCGGGAGGUAUUAUUGAGUUAUUUAUUUACAUUCACACAUGGACAUCGACUGCAAGUGAAGCUUUACGUUUCCAAAUCUUGUAUAUAAAUUGUACAAUAACAGACAGUUGUCUCAUUCUCAUGUGGUUUAAACUGCCAAUUUUAUAUAUAUUUACUUCUUCUAGUUUUGUGUGGCACAUAGGAUCAGUAUUUUUUGUACUUUCUAAAGGGCCAUUAAUUCAUCUUCUCUACAUAUCUAAUCCCCCGCUAAUACAAGACAGUUGUAGUGUGUCAUAACUUGGGAUGCUGUGCUGCUCUAACAAAGAUUAAUGAGAAUAAUCAGGUAAUUGUUUUCAGAAAAUCAAAACUAUCCAAACAAUACAUGUUUGUAUUGCCUAUCCAUAUUUUUCUGUAGAGAUUUACUAUAUGCAGUUCUGUUUAAUUCGUUUUCGGUCCGUGUCAUUUCAGUAAGCAUGUUGCAUUGUACAGGCACUGAGAAUGGUGCUUAAUUGUAUGUGUGACCCCACAACUAUGACGUGUAAUUGUGAGUUGAAUAAAUCUGUUUUGGGAACAA